AUGGGCAAUGACAAGCAGCUCAUUUCAGAGGAACUAAAAGUAGAGCUGAACCCUCUGGUCAUCAGAAUCCUGUCUGCUUCCUCUAUGCCUGCUUCUCCUAUCCCCUUUCAUGUACUAAAGGAAAAAUGCUUCCCAGUCUAUUGCCAGUAUAAGUUCCACAACAUGACUGUGCACAGGACCAAAGGCCAGCAGCAUGGUGCAAAUGUGUAUUUUAAGGAUGUGAACGUGAUCCUGACGGGCCUGCUGAGUCCCGGGGAACUGCGGGAGUACCUUGGUGGACCUCCGCUAGAGAUUGAGGUCCAUGACCGGGAUAGGAAGCCAGAGAGGCUUUCCAGCAAUUCUGCCUUGUUCGGUGCUGAACCGAGCGAUAACCAACUGAGCAGCAAACACACAACCCACAGCAUCUUUCAAGAUCAGUACAAGCUGUGCAACCCAUGCGGCAUCGCAAAGCUGGACCUCUCUGACCUGCUGCAUGGGCAAAAGUGUUUCAAAGUGAGUGUGCCAAUUAACAGCUCACCUCCCUUGCCCCUGGCAGGAAAAGAGGGUGAUGAAUGGGACGAAAGAGCACUCGGAAUUGCAGGUGUGGUAGAUGGACCCUUGGACCUGCCGAUGCCAAUGGGACAUUACCAUGAUGCCAAUUCAGUGUUGAAAGUGCGGAUUGAAAUAGCAUGUCCCCUAAUCAAUGACAGCAGCAGCACUGAAGGGUGUGGUCCAGGUUGCCCCUUCGGCCGCAUUAUUUACAUGUUUAAAGGCACCACUAGCAUUGCUCCCACCAGGCUGAGGUCUGAGAUUCUGAGAAUCAAUGCUGCAGCAUUUCAACUGGAAUCUUAUGCAGAGGAAACAAUCGAGACAGCCCUAUCCUGCUACAAAAUGAAUGCCAAGGAGAGGGAGAGCGAAGGUUUGGAUGUUGUCACAGGAUUCCACGUGCUCGAUGGACACAUGCAGCUCUUUGUUCUCGAGGGACUGAAGGAUGGAGCCAUCAAAAGACUUUGGAACGCUAUUCCGAUAAAGCUGCCUGGUGGUGAGGAGGGGCAGGUGGAGAUUCUCUAUAACUCAGCGCUGAGCUUCUCCAACAGGCUGUACAGCACACUGGACCUGAGUCUGCGUCCAGUCCACCUCCACAAGCAGCUGGAGCUCAUCAUGAAGGAGUCUGCAAUGUAUGUGAGGGACAUGGUUCCCCUGGCCUGCCUCCAAGCUCUGUCACGACUCAGCCUUCUGUUCUGUGUGAAGAAGCUGAAGGACGUGGUGCAGAGUGGUCUCUUCCCCUCAGCUGAGAUGGUCCUCAGUCUGAGUAGGGAAUUUGGAAUCGUUCCAAGGAAAGGGGCAAAAGAGAUGACCCAGGCCGAGGCAGAUACCCAGGCUGCAGCGGAAAUGUCACUGCAACGUGCAGCAGAAAAGAGGCGUGAGCCACUGGAUAAUUACAAUUUCAAGUACAUGGAGUGGAAACAAAACAUGGAAAAUGAGCAGCUUCAUGGACACCGCAAAGACUUCAUUCAGGUGGCUUCCAGCUACAAGAUCCAGGUUCCGUUGAACACCUCUGAACAGGCUCGAGAACUUCUGUGCCAAGAGAUGGCAAAGGAGCCUGUAUGGAGAUUCUGCCGCAGCCAGGAGUACCAGUUGGCCUUAGCGGACACAGUAGACCUUGAAGAUGAACGGAGGGCCUCUGUGGCCAGGUCAAAAGCUGCUUGGCGCACCUAUGAUGGCUUCAGAUUCCCGGGGUUCAAGAGCAGUAUCGAGUCCAAUGAGCAUCCCUGCCAGCCUGACCAGGCACGGGUGGAGGAACUGAGGAAGGACUUUGAGCGAUAUACAAAGCCUCCCUGCUUCUUUGGAUGCAAGCCCCCUGUCACCAUUCACCUGGCUGAGCAGACACUGAAGCAGGAACAGCUGCUUACUGCCAGUGCACAGUACCACCAGAGGGCACUGUCAGAUGAGGGUUCUCCAGGGGCCCGGACACUUCCAGAGUUUAAGUGCCACAUGCGCAUGACACAGGGUAAUCUGGGCAAACUCCAGGACCUGCUGAAGGACAAGCCCAUGAAGUACUCCCUGAGGAAACCAGGCAUGGUCCUUAAGCCUAUCCCCCUGGUGUCUGUCAUCCAACACCCGGAGGGGACAAACCCAGACAACUUUGAAGGAGAGCACAGCCCUGCCUUCGCCCCAGGACCCCUAGAGCACCACAGCUUGAUGUGGGACAGCAAUGCCAUCCCACGGAACGACACCCAGCACAACAGAUUUCACUUCACAGGGUACUGGAGACCACACUCGUUCCAGUACAAGCGGGCGGCUCUACCCCUGACUGAGGAGGAGAAGUCUGCACAGCUUUUUCAGCAGCCAGCCACACCUCCCAAGACCCCUGCCUUCGCUGCCCAAACCCAGCCAUCUGGAAACAUUGUGGAGACCAGAACCUACAACAGCAUCUACUUACACGUCAUCUGAGGAAUACGGCUUCCUUUUCACAC